GGGGUCUUAUUUUUAUAAGUAUCAAGAACAAAAUCAUCCAAAGGCACACGAAAUGCCAAACUAAACAUAAAGAGCGAAAACCCAAAAAGUUGUGCGCAAUGCCUUCUGAAACCUAUCCACCUCCUACCCCUGUCCCUUCGUCGGACGCUCGCGGGUCCUCCUCCCGGUUUCCCCCACCGCAAGCCCUAGAACCGCACCGCUCAACCCUUUUCUCGGCGGCCCCGCCCCGGCCCCGCCCUAGCCAUGCCUCGGCCCCGCCCCGUUCGCCGUCUAUUGGCUUCUCUCACCGUCUGCCGGCGGGCGACGAGCCGGGAAGCCGGGAGGGAUCUAUUGCGCACGCCCAAGUCGCGGGUCCUGGAGCAGGAGAAAGGCGGUGGAGUGGCAUCCGAGACUAGGAAGCGCGGCGUUGGGCGGGAUCCUUUCCGGAAGCGGAAGCUCGGGGGGCGGGCCAAGAAGGUCCGGGAGCCCAAGGCGGUUAAUUCUUUCUACCGUGAGGCUUCACUUCCCUCGAUCUGGGCUUCUCUGAGGCUGCGAGAGAUGGUCAGGUCCGGGUCUCGACCCGGUCAGGUGUUAUCUUCAGGAAGGCACACUGGACCUGCUAAAUUAACAAAUGGGAAGAAAGGGACCCAUUUAAGAAAAAUAUCACAUUUUAAGGCAGAUUCUGGCUAUUCCAUCCAUUCUGAUUCAGAAAGUCAGGCUGAAACUGUACAUGGGCUUGAUGGUUGUGCUUCUUUGCUGAGGAACAUUUUGAGAAAUGAAGAUUCAGGUUUAGAAUCAGCAUAUUUAGAAAACAGAUCUAAUUCUAGACCUUUAGACAGCAGAAAAUAUGGAUCUAAAAAGAAAAGACAUGAAAAACAUACUGUUCCUUUCAUAGUCCGGAAAGAAACAUGUAAGCCUUUUUUUCUCUUAUUUAAAGAUAAUCCUUAAUUGUGGGUAUUUUGAUCAAUUAUCAGGAUUAUGCAGUUCAUUUUAAUAAUCAGUGUUGGUUAGGUUUAUGUGUGCUUAUGCCUGUCUUUUUUUAUUCAGCUUCUAAUUGCUGAGUGGUUAUAUAAAAAAAGACUGGGUUUUACAGGAGAAAAAGUUCAAACUCAGAAUGACUUUUGGGAAGUAUAUAGAGUUAGUUUCCUCUGCCACUUGUUUUCAUAGAUAAUCACAAAUUGGCUGUAAUUCAGGUGUAUACUUAUUGUUGUUGCUUUAAAAUUAUUAUGUUAAAAAAAAAUAUAUAUAUAUGUAUCCUAAGUUGGUCAAGCUGAUCUCAAGUUACACAGUUAGGAUACAUGGUGCAUAAGAAGGUAUAAUUGGAUCAAUAAGGAAAGAGCCUCCUGCUCAUUGAUGGUGAAUGUAGCCAAGGGUACUUUACACCCUGACGGCUAACUUUUCCUGGUUUAGAACAAGAAAGUUUUGAUUUUGUUGUCCCUUGGAGGCCUAGAGGACAAGAUCGCCCAAAAUGAAGAUGAAAAAGUCCACAAUGAGAAUUCAGAUGGAUGAGAAUUAGACUAGCCACUUCUAUAGUUCAGGUGGGCCAGAAAUGUCAGCACUGUAGUGCAAGCUUAGAUUCAGCUUGGGCAAGGAAUGAAGUUUAGAAAGUCAUCUAAGGCAGUAACCCUGUGUCUUAAGAGAUCAGAAUUCAAGCAAGGAGGCUGAGAAAGAGUAGAGCAUUCAUGGGACUAGGAGUUGAUGUUUCAGAUAGUCCCAGGAUAGAGAACUAAGGCAGGGGAAACCUAACUCAUCUUGGAGGUCAGUAACAUUAGCCUUAUAUUGUCUUGACCUGCACUAUUCAAGAUGGUAGCCAUGGCCACAUGUGGCUAUUCAGCACCUGAAAUAUGACUAGUACAACCAAGGAAUUGAAUUUUUAGUGUUAUUUAAUUUAAAUUAAUUUAAAAUGAAAUUCUAAAACUGAAAAUUGAUCCAGGUAUUAUAAAACUUUUAAGUAUGUUUGGAAUAACUUGGGCAUGUGAACCUACCUUUUUAAGUGUAAAUUUUAUUAAAUCUAAAUAUAGACCAAGUAUUUCGGAUGAUAAUUUAGCAUUUAGAUUGUGCUUUGUGUAAAAUGCAUGCUAGAUUUAGAAGAUUAAAUACAAAAAAAUUCAGUUAUUUAUAUUAUACACUGAAAUGUUAAUAUUUUUGAUAUAUUGGCUUAAAUAUGAAAAGUAAUUUUACCUCUUCUUUUAUGUGGUUACUGGAAAUUUUAAGUUAUAUAUAUGGUUUGUAUUAUAUUCCUAUUGGACAACAUUGGUCUAAGUCAGCUCAGCACACUACAGCCAGUUUUAUAAGUAAUGUUUAAUUAUUUUAUUUUGUAAAUAAGAUUUUAUUAGAAUGCAGCCAAGCUAAUUUAUUGUGUUUUUAUUAGCUGUUUUUGUACUGCAGCGGCAGUGUUGAGUAGUUGUGACAGAGAUCAUCUGGCCUGCUAAGCCUAAAAUAUUUAUUUGACCUCUUAAGAAAAAAAGUGCUAAACCCUGGUCUUAACUCUUCAAGUUGAGGCCUUUUUAUUGCAGCCCAGUUGAGAAAGAAAGGAGCAAUAGCACCUGUUCCUCCAGUCUCCUACUUUUUGUCUGUAGGCGGGUUAUUUCUUAUCCAGGGCACCUUUCCUCAAGGAUCUAUCAUUUGAGAUAUAUGUGGCUGAGAGUGGGUGUCAUGGUAGCAACUUGUUGGAUCCUGACUUAACUGCUUCUGUCAGAGUUCCAACAGGAAACACAUGGCAACACUCAAAUUGAGGUAAUUCGAGGAGGGUUUAUUUUAUUUACAAAGGGACUCAUGGUAAAGGUAUGAGUAGGGCAUAGGAAAACCACAAGUUUUGCCUGCUGGGUCUUGCUAGCAGCAGCAGCAGAGCUGUUAUCAUCUCUAGGCCAUAAGGGAUUAGGAGAGUUACUAGACCUAGAAAGUGGUAUUGCUUAUAGAAUAUGCUACCUUGAGAAGAGCAGUUAGCUUCAUUGAAAGGACAAAGUCAGCCCAAGGUGACCUCAUAGAAAGGGAGCAGGGUAAGUGUAUUUCCUGACUUCAUGCUUCUUCCUUUUCUUCAUAUGCCAAGACUCCCAUUGGAUUGAAGCCCUACUGAU